AUUCACAGGGGCAGGUCAGCUGGCUGUUUGGUUCACUGCUUCAUUUAGCGGAGUGUUAGAGCCGUGUUAGCCAAUGGGAAAGUGUUUUCCCCUCAGCUUUAGUUUUAAACGGGCUCCCCCCAAACUGUCAAACGACGGAACAAGCUAAUGCUAGCUGGGAGGCGAGGGGUCUGCGUUCAUCCCGCUAGCUGGUGAGGAGCAUCCUGCUAGCAUAGCAGCUAAAGGAGCUAGCAUAACACUCCGGGGAGAAGUGAGGUGAAGAGACCGGCGUCAACCAUGGCUGGUGGUAUUACAGAGACCGGAGAACCCUACUCUCCAUUUGUGGGGCUGAUCUACAUGUUCAACCUGAUCGUUGGAACAGGAGCUCUGACGAUGCCCAAAGCCUUCGCUACAGCCGGCUGGGUCGUCAGCAUAGCUCUCAUCUCUUUCUUAGGAUUCAUGAGCUACAUGACCACCACGUUUGUGAUUGAGGCGAUGGCGGCGGCAAACGCUCAGCUGCGCUGGAAGAGGAGAGAGCAGGAGGAGGUCGAUGACAGCGACUCCACCUCCGAGUACUCAGAUGAUGAUGUCAUGGGCCGUGGUCGAUCAGAGAUGGAGGCAAAGCCCAUCCUGUCUGUCCAGAGAUCUGGAGGUCACGUCGAUCAUUUCGACAUCGUGGAGCGGGUAGAGAUGGGUCAGAUGGCCUCCAUGUUCUUCAACAAAGUUGGGGUCAACAUGUUCUACAUCUGCAUCAUCGUCUAUCUGUACGGAGACCUGGCCAUCUACGCCGCGGCUGUGCCUAUCUCUCUAAUGGAAGUAGCCUGUGGAAACCACUCCUGCAGCGCUGGCAGUGUGAAGUACAACGACACAGAUCCGUGCUGGGGAUCAGUCACAAGGAAAGAUGCAUACCGGGUUUUUCUGAGCAUCUUCACCGUCCUGUUGGGGCCUUUCACCUUCUUCAACGCCCAGAAGACCAAAUAUCUUCAGAUCCUCACCUCGCUCAUGCGCUGGAUCGCGUUCACCAUGAUGAUCAUCCUGGCUCUGAUCCGCAUCGGCAAAGGCACCGGUGAGGGUCACCCACCAGCCGCCAACCUCUCCGGCGUUCCCAACCUGUUUGGGGUGUGUGUCUACUCCUUCAUGUGUCAGCACUCCCUGCCCUCCUUAGUGACGCCGAUCUCCAACAAGAAGCAUGUGGGUAAACUGGUGUUAGCUGACUACACCCUGAUCCUGGGCUUCUACGUACUCCUCUCCUUCACCGCCAUCUUCUGCUUCGACAGCUCGCUGCUGCAUGACAUGUACACCCUUAAUUUCACGGACAACUGCAACGUGUUAAAUAUUCCCUUCCUGCGAUACUUCCUGGGCCUUUUCCCAGUCUUCACCAUCAGCACCAACUUUCCAAUCAUCGCCGUUACACUCCGGAACAACUGGAAGACGCUGUUCCACCGGGACGGGGGCACCUACCCGUGGGUGGUGGACCGCGUCGUGUUUCCGCUCAUCACCCUGGUGCCCCCGAUUCUGGUGGCCUUCUGCACCCACAACCUGGAGUCCCUGGUGGGGAUCACAGGAGCGUACGCCGGCACCGGGAUCCAGUACAUCAUCCCAGCGUGUCUCGUGUUUUACGCCCGGCGCCACCUGGAGCCCGUGAUGGGCAGGGAUGCAGUUAACAAGCACCACUCUCCUUUCCGCCACACGUUCUGGGUGUGGUUUGUUUGGCUGUGGGCCGCCUCCUGCCUCAUGUUUGUCACGGCCAACAUUAUCCUGACUGACACCAAGAAAUGAGAACUCGCCGAUCCAGAGACUGUAGGAAAACCUGUUGGCCAGUUUAGUCCAGUUCACGAGGCCUUACAUGCUGCUGGUUGGACGGUGUGCCUUUUUAUGGGACUUUUGUUGCAUAUAUUAAUGUAAUGAAGAGUAAUUUAUCAAAUUUUGUUAAAAGGGACCAAAUGUGAGGUGUUUUUGUUCUAGUAAAACAGCUGGAACAGUGCAUGAAGAACAGCUAAAGGGAAGGAAAAGGGUGAUUUAUUCAAAUGUUCUGUCAACAUGCUGAGGUUUUACAGAUUUGCACUUACAGGAAUAUUUGAGAUUUAUGUUAAGGUUUCAGUUUGCUUCAAAAAAGACGCUGGAUGCAUCUCUGAACCCUGAGUUAAGAAGGUUUAUGGUAGGGAUGGGAAAUCGAUAAAAAAUGAAAGAUUUCAUGCAGACUUUGACGCUUUUCCAUGAUUUUUACCAGUCCCUGGUUGUAAUGUGGUACUCACUAGAUGGUGAUUUUUGCAUAUCUGAAAUCUGUUUGCACAUGUAAUAUCAAAAGAAGAAGAAAGCAGGAAGAUGCGGUGACAUAACAGAGAUGACAAGACAGCAACUAAACCCCUCAUAACCUAAGAAAUGAAGAUUUUAGUGAAUAUUUUUAUGUGAAACACCAACUGAAUGAUCUACCGUAAAAUCCAGGAUAUAAGUCAGCCUGAUGAAGAGCUCAAAAGUAUGCAUCUGGAAGUAAAGCUCUCAUUUAUUUUCUCCAUAGCAGAUUUGAUCACUAACUAUAAUGUCAGAAAUAUCCAAGUUUGACUCAGCACAAGCUGCCUGAGCGUUUAAUGAUGAUAAAUGCUCCUGUAAGGGCAAAAUUUAGUAUGAUAUCACCAUGUUAAAAGAAAAGCAUGGUUAAUCUGUGAAUUCAGGCAUAAAAACUACAAUACCCACAAUGCUAGAGUAUCACAGUGACAUCUGUUAUUGGUUAGGCUUGCUAAAAAAAAAACAUGGAGAUGUUUAUUGUGCCCCCUAGCCCGUGAAGCUGAAGUUUAAAACCAUAUUUAUCCAAACUGCACUAGGGCUGGGCAAUUAAUCCCAAAUUAGAUUAAAUCGCAAUAAGGCUUGAUGCCAUUUUCAAAUCGCAGAAGUUGCAAUAUUUCUUUAACCUGAAAUGUGUCAAAAUACUGUUUUAUGUAUGUUUUUCUUAAUCAAAAUGACAUAAAAAUGAUAACGCCCUUUAAACAAAGCAAAUGACAUCACAUUUACAAUACGAGCAAAAAUAGUUUCUGUCUAAAAGUGAUGAAGCCUCGCGUUACUUCAUGAAAGUCAUACCCCAGCUGCGAUCAGCUGGUAGCCAGCCUGACCUCCUCCACCCCAGCCACCUCCUUCAUAGUUUGAAGCUUGUUGGACCCCCAUAUUCAGAUUCAUGCUACUUUGGAUUAAUGUUGUUUUCAAUACACAUGGUCUUAUUUAUGGAAUUAUUUAUUGCUUGAAUUUGUUGAAAAAUACAAUAGAUUAACCCCAGAAUAUCCUCAUAUUUAAUCGCAAUAUUUUGGAAACAAAUCACUAUUAGAUUAUUUUUGCAAAUCCUUCAGUGUAUUACAAUCUUAACAUUAAAAAUGAAAUACUAGAGUAGGAGUAAAUGUAGAAAGAAGGUCCAGAAAUGGUUUGAAAGUUUCUAAAGAUGACGCUAACAAUGAAUCAGAAGGAUCACAGUGGAUUGUGGGAUACGUAGUUCCCCUGUCCUCAUAAAAACAUGCACUACAGUCUUGUACCUUUGCCAUUUUCUCUGUUUUUGAUGCCGUUUUUACACCAAAUCUAAUGUUUUACAGCCAGGUAGUGGGUCGGUAUGGAUCUUGGAUUAAAAGUGUAGAUGUAAGGAUUUUGUGAAAUGUCAAUGAGGGGCUUGAUCGGCUAAUUUUACUGCCAGACCCAGACCCAUCUAUAAUGUGGGCGAGCUCUUUGAGCUCUAUAGAAGCUGCAGUCUCAUUUUUAAAAGUGAAACUGCUUUAAACUGUCCUUUUGAGCCUGUUAUGGUCACCACAUGCUGUUAAUCUGCCGCUGUUUUGCUAUUUAGCCCGGUCUGUUAGCACAUCUACUAGCUAUAAAACGGUAGCUGAGCGCUUAGCCUACAGUGACUGUCAUGCUCUCGUACUGCUCUUUUCAAUCAAACCAGAACUCCACAAGCUAACCAUAUACUCCCCUUUUUCUUUGAAUGCUUGUUUUUGAUCUAAAAGGGAGAAAAGCGGUUAAAAAGCGUCACCUACCUCUGUCGUUUUUGUCUAGUUGUAAGCUAUGAAGCUGCCACUUGCAAUACCCAGGACUGGGACAAAGUUUUAAAUCAUACAGCGAUGAUAGUGGCACCUGCACUGGUGCACCUUACUGGUUGCACUGGUCUAUAGGGUGCAGCAAACAAAUAUUAAAAGUGAACAUUAUUCACCAGAUUUUACAGUUUUUCAACAAACAUUGUCAAAUGAAAAUGAUCAUUUAAGUUGAAAUAAGUACAAGUGUUCUUGGUUUAGUAUUCCCAGUGACUUUUGAAGCAUGCUUUUCCUAUAGAUGCACAUCCCUAUAAGGUCGUCAGACAAUGUUAACCAGCCCACCUCUUUGUUUGAAGCAAACUGAUGCAGCAAGAGUUCUGCAGGUUAACUGUCAUGUAGUUAUUUAUGUUAGCGCGUCUCACUGACAAACCAAACUCUGGAAAUGUAGCGAGCAUGGACUGUUUAUAAGGACUGGACAAUAUCAUCAGGAAAUGUGUUAUAGCCAUAAGACUGGCUUUUUUAAUGCUGCUGUCUUGGCUUUGUUUGGACAAAUGGCAGCACAGGAGAGGAAAGAGGGUUUAUUCUUUAUGUUGAAGUGUCUCAGCAGCAGGUGAGCAGUGCAACGUGCAUUUUAACACUCAUUGCCGAUUUUUGAUUUUUGUUUCUGUCUCUAGUUGCGACACAGGACUUCCCAUGAGCACCAACGCUCUCCUAAAAAGCCGACUAAUCACUUCAUUACAGCAGGACACGUCAGGACUUGUUGCUCCUGUAACGUAGUGUUACUCAACCAAAGAGCCAAAUUGUUGAAAAAUACCUUUGCAAGAGCCACAAUCUAAGAGGUGGAAAGUGGCAAAAACACCUUGAAGUAGCAAAAGAAAUAAGUUAAAGAUG